GGCAACUGCACCGAAUCGGUGUCUUGGCGGGCAAUGUUUGGACGAAAGAAGAGCCGAAGACACCGUGUCGUGUUGUGGUCCCAAACGUUCAAUAUACUGAGGCAAGAAUUCCGGAAACCAUGUCCUAUGUGCCGAAGGGUGAAGAGCAGGAUGAACCUCGAGAAGGCGGAGAUCUUCCUAGUUGUAUUUGUUAUAUGGAACAUGUUAAAGAGUAUUAUGGUUUUGAUAAUAUCAUUAUCAUCGGAGAACUUCAUGCUGGAAUUCUUUUCCUGGACUGCUGGAUGCUUGGGGAUUAUUGGAACGAGGCAACAAAGACUAGCGACCAAAGGAAGUGGGGUUUAGAGACCGAUUGGACUGUAGUUAAAUUUGAAGAAUUUAUGAAUUAUAUUCCACAACUUAUUGACUCACUGAGCGAGAAUGCUAGUUUAUACUAUACUAUCGCAUCUGAAGAAACAAUUAUUCCUGGUCCCUCACCUGAAAUAGAACAUAGCCCAACAAAAUCCGAACCCUCUGCAACCUCUUUUCCACAAGAUGAUACAUCUAAACAAACGUCAGAAAACGCAUCUGAUAUCGCCUCAAAUUCCAAAUCAUUGGAAGAUAAGGUGAUUAAUGAAUUCUUGGAUGAGUCGUAUAAGAAAAGGGUUAGUGAUGAUAUCAGGCAGAGAAAGCAUGAGAAGAAGCUUCAAUGUGGUUCCCCUAGCCAGGAGGCACCCUCGACUUCCCAGAAUACUGCAUCUACUUCCCAUAAGCGGAAAAACGAACAGCGCUUGAUUCGAGAAAUUAUUUCUUCCAAGGAAGAAAAACAUGUGAAUGAAAUUUCAGCGAACUUGGUUCACCCGAAUAAUGAGACUUCAAUAACUCUAUCCAUUCCAGCCAUACCCCAGUUACCAUCAGACAAUGAAGAAAUUAUUAUUGGUUUAUAUAAAAACGCAUGUGAUGCGGAAAUUGGUGCAAUCAAAGCCAAUGGAGAAGAAAUUCUGCAUUGGUGUUUCUAUGAUAAAGAAUUUAAAAGCAAUUAUAAAGAUUUUAUGGUCAGCAAUAAAGUUGGGGAAAAGAAGGCAAAAGGUCAAGUAUAUGAUUUUAUUAUUAAACAGCAAGCUUUAAGGAUUGACAAUUUAUUCGAAAAAAUAGGAAUGAACAAGAUUCAAUACAUCAAAACAUACAGUGCAGAUACUAUUUCAAAAUUUACUAAUUCUCAGAUUCAAAUGAUUAUAGAUCACUUUACCAAAAAGCCUGAUAUAGAAUUCACAGAUGAUCAGAACAAUUUAUAA